AUAGAGAAAUGGCUGAUCAGGUCUAUCUGGUUCUGACUCUCAAUGUAAGAGUUACGAGUCCACACCUACUUUUUUAAUUCAAUCACCACAUCUAUUCCUCCACCACCACACAGUUGUGCUCACCUGAGCAACACAGGACACUGUCAGCUUGGAUACACGAACCAUUCCAGCAGUUAUUAAAACAUAAUCUGAAGCACAUCACAUCAAAUUUCUGAUUCAAAGACAUUUAUUAGAACAACCGAUACAAUGGCAUCACUUCUAACAGUUUUAACAGUCACUUUCCUAAUGUGCAAUCUGUGGGAUGUUGGAAGAUCAAACAGCACAGUCUCAAUGUCAUCUACUUCACCUGCAAGCAAUGAAGCUUCGACAAUGUUGAUCACUGUCACCUCAAUGGGGACAACAGCACCAUCAGUAGACCCCUCACCUACCAUCUCAACAACUAUGAACACAAACAUAUCUGUCAUGCCCAACACCAACACAUCUUCUAUAGCACCAACAGACAGCAGCUUGAUAACAUCCACUUCACACAUCAGCAAUAUAUCCACUCCCAAACCCAACAGCACUGGAACACCAGUCAAUUCUUCUGUGACAGAUGCUAAUGACUUAAGUACAACAACUAAACUUGCAGGAAGCACAAGUGACCCAAAUGCGACAAUGUCUACGACAUCAAGUCACUUCAGCACAGUUAACAGCACGACUGAGUUAAUGUCCACCACAGUCCAAAACAUCAGUGAUGCUAAUAUGACAGUAUAUUCGAAUAUGACUACUGCAGCGACAACAGUCCAGUUUAAUGAUACAACUACCACAGAAUAUACUACUACAAGGAAUACAACAGCUGCAACUUCUAUAUCAACUAUAUCCAGCAACACUUCAACAACUGCCCCAAGGAAUGAGACAAACACUACUUCAACCACAAUGGCUCCAUCUCCCACCAUUUUUCAACAGAGUACUACAAGAACUCCAGCUGAUGUAACAACCACCAUUAUUACUACGACUAUUGUCACAUUGACUGGCAAUGGGGAAGAUCUGAUCCCUCUGCCGGGAGAAGUUAGUGCAGGAGUGAUAAUUGGAGCCCUUCUUGGCUGCAUUUUGGGAAUUAUUCUUCUCUCAUUUCUGGUUUAUGCUUUCUGUACACAUCGAAAAACACAUCACUUUAAUCAUCGCAGACUGUAUGAUAACAUCUCCGGUGAUCCAGUUUUCUUAACAGCCAAAUUUGUUGCUGUGCCCCUGACCAUAGGAGUGAGGAUAGGACGCAUGGCAAGAGGGCGAGAGAGAGAGGGAAAUGAGAGAGAUGAGAAAGGGAUGAAAGAGGGGGAGAAGGAAAGAGAGGGAGAAGGAGAAAGACAGAAAACCAUCUGA